AUGGAUAAAUUUCUGAAGAAAAGACCUCGAGUUUCUAUCGGUUCUUCAAGUGUUAAUGUUGAGCAAGAACCACAACAAUUGGAAAAUUAUGUGGUAGUUGAAAUUAAUCCGUACGAGAUUGAAAUUGAUAAAGAGAAAAUUAAAGCCGACCCCGGAUUACGAGACCCUAUAGAUAGUUUUGAUGUGAAUAUUCAUUAUCGAAUUCGUAGAGAAUAUGUUGCCAAAGCACCAGGAGAUGAAGCAUUUGUUAGUGGUGGUUUCUCUAAUUGGAAGAAGGCUAAUGAAAAAUUUAGAGCUCAUAGUGUGACUUAUAUUGUUAGUAGAGUUGGUUCAAAACAAGAUAAGGAAUAUAGGACUCGUUUGACUGCAACUCUUGAUGUUAUUCGAUUCCUUUUGAAUCAAGGUUUGGCUUUUAGAGGACAUGAUGAGACAUCAACUUCUUCAAAUAGGCGCAACUUUCUGGAGUUAUUAUAUUGGUAUAGUUUAAGGAAUGAAGAAGUUGGUCAAGUUGUAUUGAAGAAUGCUCCCAGAAAUAAACAAAUGAUUGCUCCAUCAAUUCAAAAAGAAAUGGUUAAUGUGUGUGCAGUUGAAACUACACUUGAAAUAAUGAAGGAACUUGGUGAUGGAUUAUUUUCCAUAAUGGUUGAUGAGUCUCAAGAUUGCUCGGUGAAGGAGAAAAUGGCUAUUGUUAUUAGAUACGUGAACAAAAAUGGAGAGAUAAUGGAAAAAAAUUUAGCCUCAGUUCAUGUUAAAGAGACUUCAUCAAGAUGCUUGAAAAUGGCAAUUGAUUUUAUAUUUUCUAAGUUGGAACUUUCUUUGUCAAGAUUGAGAGGUCAGGGAUAUGACGGGGCUUUAAAUAUGAGGGGUGAAUUUAAUGGACUAAAAGCACUUAUUUUAAAAGAAAAUCCAUCGGCAUGGGUAGAUAAACUCCGACAAAUUGAAUAUGAAAGAAUGGUUGAAAGGAUUGAGAAAGGGGAAAUAACUUCAGUCACAGUACUUGAAACAGUAUUUGAAGAUUGGGUUGAUCAAGAAACAAGUGGCAAAUCUAAAGGGUUGCUUCAAAAGAUGGAAAACUUUGAUUUUGUGUUUCUCAUGAUGUUUGAUGAAACAUUUGUUGGGUAUGAUUGA